CGAUGAUGUAGGAAGUCUCCUCGUACUGCAUAAAACAUCCAAAGAACCUAUAAACUGAUAGAUCCAGGAUCGCGUACUAUCACUGAGUCUAGCGAUUAUAUACGAUCGUUUGGACCUUUACAACAGCUUUUCUAAACGCCGUUGGCACUUCAGCUGAAUUUUAGGAGUACCGGUAGCGGAGCUACUAUAACGUGGACGCCAUCCCGUCUCCGAAUUCAAUUUUACGUGCUUUCCUAUCGUCGGUAUUAUCUCUCCUGUUGAGUCCGGACGUUCAUAUUUCCAUCAGAUCGUUCAAGAAAUCUAUCCGACCUGUCCCUGACGGUUGCGCAGCGAGAUAUUACCGACUUCGGAUGUCACUACCCUGAGCGCACGAGUCGGGACGGUUCGCGCCUCGCAUUGCCUGACCGCAACAACAGUUUAACGGCCGCUCUACUAUCAAGGGAUUCAUUAUCUACAUGUCUCCGAACCACGCUCGCUCCUCGCCAUCUUUGAUAUAUAAUUCUGUGAUUGAUGUGGACGUCAUGGAGCCUGGCGCAUCUGACGUCCACCAUGCGCCCAAGGCCACCACCACCUCAAAUCUCCCUCCACCACCUUCAGCGUCAGUAACCGACAUCGCAUUAAACGACUGCGAUGAACCGACAUGGGCUCUUCUCUACUCUACCCUAUACGAACUCAAAAGCGACCUUGAAAAACAACUGGACGCCUGUCGAAGCUCCCACCAAAUAGACCAGACUUCGUGGCGCAGGGAGCGGAAUCUAUGGGAUGCGGAGCGCAAUCGGAGACAUCGCGAUCUAUCUACCGCAAGGCGCGAGAUCGAUGCGCUGAAGCGGGAGAAUGCCGAGCUUAAGGGGGAAAUCGCAGAAGUGCGGACCAGGGAACACCAUCUGGAUGGCUCGCCUGCCAAGCGACGGAGACCCUCACGGCCAGAAUCGGAGACUUUCGAUAUGUUCGCGAACAGUAUGCAAGGCAAUACAUACCAGAGUACGUCUCAGGGGGGUGCGAGGAGCGCGACAGAAAAGAGCGAGAGCAACCCCGACGUCGUCGCAUCUGAUCCCCCCUCUCCUCCAACAAGUACGGUUGUCGUGUCUCCACCCCCUGUUGCGUACCGUCGACACGCGGGCCACACCCCUGCGGCCGUUUCGCUUCUCAGUCCGCGUGUGGAUACUCCCACGAUCGACAGCACCGACAGCAGUUCGUCUCUCAAACAUGCAGAAAAAGCCGGUGGUACCGGUACGACGGAGGAUGUUGACGCGAAUCACGAACCCGGGCCGUCGCAGGACGUCGCGAGCGAAGCGGCUACCGAACAUGUGGGACGCGAUCAACGCGACGGCCACACAUCCCACUCCGAGGCAAUAACCGAUAAAAAUCCCUCGUCAGGGGAUGGGGACGAUGAGGAAUCUCGAACUCACGCGGAUGCUUUCGACGAUGCGACGCUUCUCAUCGCGCAGGCUGCUCUCGAUCCCGUAAAACACAUCCCGGACGAUCCCGCUCUUUCAGGGCCGCUGUUCCUCCCGGCGCACCCCAUGGCCGAUCAAGACGGCAUCCUAGCGGCGCUAGGGCAGAAGCUCGAGGAAGCUGCGAUCUCGCCGGAAGCGAGGACGCCGUCGGUUUUGAAAGAUGAUCCCAUUUCUGGACUCGCGGAACCGGACAGUUUGCAUGGGCUGUCGGGGGCGAGCAGGUCGAACGGCGGAAGUGUGGAUGGUAAUGGCGGGGUGGGUGGGAUUCAUGCAGGUCAUGAGCUGCCAAGACGGACCUCGAACGAAGCGGAGGAGGUCGAUCCCGCGAUGGAUUUGGACGGGGAUGGGGGUGUCGGGGGUGGAGAAGAAGCGCCCUUGGAUGUACCGAUCAAGUUGAGACCCACUUUGAAUUUCGGGGCGCCAUUGGGGAGCUUACGGUUAGCAAAAGAGAGCAGAUGAAUCGGCCGAUUUCUCCCUCCCAUCUCCCUCAACCAUCUUUCUUGAAUGUGGGAUGGCUGCCCAGUUACAGGU